AUGUCAUCUUCACCGCAAAUCAAGGAUGUCAAGCCAGUACAUCCAUUAGUUGCCGUCACCACAAACUAUAUUAAGUACCUUCACGAAAAUGGCAACAGCACCCCAUACCUUGAUGAAAACGACCUGGCUGCGCUUCAGAUCGAGCGGUACAAGAUUGACAUCGACACUGGAAAACCUGAAGAUGCAGGCCUUCAGUUUACCAAACCAAGGCCACUCGAUGAGAUGAGAGCUAUCGCCGAAGCGACCAAAGAUGAGCUGUUGGAAGCCGACUUCCUGGGCCAGCCAAUCGAAAUUCCGGGCGAACAAAUUCGAUGGAAGUUAUACAACCAGGGUCCUCUGCCAGAUACCAUCAGUUACGUGGCAAACGAGGCACCCUUGGAGGAGGGCAAACUUCUUCGCAGUGAGAUUUUCUGCAUUUUACGAAUGACCCGGGCAAAGUUGAAGCAGCCAAGAUUCUGCAGUCAUGAGAUAGCUCCCGUGAGUUUCCAAAUCCCACCUCCAUAUUCGGAACUCUUCAUUUCGUAUCUUAUGCAAUUCAAGGCCACCUUGGUGUCGUGUUCCCACAAAGACCUCCGAAUUGUUCAAGGUUAUGUUCACGGCGACGGCCGCGUCGUUGUGCGCACUUCACCUAUUAUCAAUGUCGACGGGGAAGAGGCACAGAACUUGCACGACCUCUUGAGGAUCGGUGCUUGGUUCUUCGGCAGUCCCUGCCGAGUUGAGAGUACCCUUAAGGACGGACAUAACUGA